AUGUCAAGCUUCAUGAAGUGUAUCACAAAUGAAAUAAAAAUCGAUGGGACAACAUAUAAGGAUGAAGAGGAUCUGGACAUUGCAAAUUUACAAUCACCCACCCUACAAUCAAUUAUGCAUCAGGACAUGCAGGAGCUACAAGUAAUGCUUGAUCAUGUAUGGUAUCAGAGGAACUACUUGCAGUGGGAAUGCAAGGAGGUGCAAAGAUGGCACAAGGAGCAGGUGGAACAGAUUUGCUCUUAUAUAGACCUCUUGGAAGAGGAGGUUCAUUACUGGCAAACUAUCAUUCACAUUAUCAGUGAUGAUGUUGAUCACCUCAAGGAAGAAACGGAGCAACAGUGGAAAGAAAUAGAUGUUGGGAUUAAGCAAAUGCACCUGCAGCUGAGGCGCUUCAUUAUUUGUAUCUUCUGA